AUGCCUGCAUCUGAGGCCGCCUCUCCAACAGCAGUGGAGGAAUGUAUGGGAACCGAGAGCAAAAAGGACAUUUUUGAGGAAAUUAAGAAAAUGAAUGCUACUCUUCAGGUCGUAGCAAAAGAUGUCACCACUAUUAAAGAAACCACGAAAGAACUUAAAGACUCGGUGGAAGACAUAAAAGUGAGGUUAGGAGAGGCGGAACAACGUAUCUCAGAAAUGGAAGAUGCUAGCGUUCUUACCGAAGCAAAAGUGGAUAAAGUCCAGAAAAGGUUGGAGGCAUUGUGGUCACGAGUGGAGGACUUUGAAAACCGUAGUAGGAGAAAUAACGUACGCAUUAUUGGACUUAAAGAAGGGGUGGAGGCACCCGGGAACGUCGACAAAUAUGUGACGGAGAUUCUGGCCAAAGCACUUGAGCUUUCAGGAAGUGAAUUUGAAAUUAAACGUGCGCAUUGUUCCCCUGUGCCAAUGCCGGAACCUAAUGAGCCUCCCAGGGCGAUAUUUGUCCGCUUUCUACGUUCAUCUGCCAGGGAGAAAGUACUACGGGUGGCCAGAGAGAAGCGUGGAGUCGAUUGGCAAGGCGUCAAGCUUUCCUUCUUUGAAGAUGUUACAAGGGAGCUGGCGGAGAAGAGGAAGGCUUUCAACUCGGCGAAGAAGCGUCUCCGAGAGCUACAAGUGAAGCACAGGUUGGUGUAUCCUGCAACGCUCAUCUUUACGUGGAACGGACAAAAGAAAGUAUUCAAAGACGGGAAGGAAGCCGAGAAGUUUCUGCAGGAGUCGACUUAG